AUGUCUACAUCAGAAACAGAAGCUCCAACGCAAUCGACUAAACGACCACUUGAAGAACCAUCUUCUCCCUUAGGUUUAACCGAGCAACCCGAUGCGAAGCGACCAGCACUCGACAAGUAUGAGAGGACUGAAGCCGAGAGCAAAAUACCAGCAUCAGAAACUCAAUCCGUUAGCUCUAAAACUGGGGAAACAAGCAGUCAAACAAAGGGCGAUGUAGCUGACGGACCAACUGAUGUGAUCGCAACAGAUUCCGGGACAAAGUCAAUUGAAACUGCCGUGAUAUCCUCUAGAGAGGUUCCAACCCAGUCCUCAAGUCUCCAACAUGACGAGAGUGGAUGGAUUCAUAUCCGUGCUGUCAUUACAAGCGCAGAGGCGGCCACUGUGAUUGGUAAGGGUGGUGAGAACGUAUCUAUGAUUAGGAAAAUGUCAAGCGCCAAAUGUACAGUUAGUGAUUAUCAGAAGGGCGCUGUAGAGAGGAUCCUAACGGUAAGCGGGGUUGUAGAUGCGGUAGCUAAGGCUUUUGGUCUAAUUAUACGAACAUUAAACAAUGAACCUCUUGACAGUCCAUCUAAUGCUCAGUCAACAACCUAUCCACUUCGUCUUCUUAUCCCGCAUAUCCUAAUUGGCUCAAUUAUUGGCAAGGGCGGCGUGCGCAUUCGUGAAAUACAAGAAGCCUCAGGGGCUCGGCUUAAUGCAUCUGACUCAACUCUUCCUCUUUCAACCGAGCGUUCAUUAGUUGUGCUAGGUGUAGCUGAUGCCGUCCAUAUUGCUACGUACUACGUUGGUAGUACAUUAUUCGAGCAACUCACCGAGAGAUUCGGUGGCCCUGCGUCUUCAGCCUAUGCGUCACGAAGUGGUGGGCCAGCUGGCGUUGUACCAGGUGGUAUGCAGGUCGUCCCUUAUGUUCCUCAGCCGGCGGGAGGGAAUUAUGGGCAUCCUGAUAAUCGACGUCACUCUGAUCGUGGACCACUUACGCCAGGUCACGGUUCCUACGGACAAAAUUAUUCAAACAACCAUGGCCAAGCUCCUCAGCAGUCAUCAAUUCCGAUGCAUUAUGGUGGCUCACCUGCUGUUGCAGGAUAUGGAGGUGUUGGUCCACAACAACCACAACAACCCCAAAUUACUGGCCCGCAAACUCACGGUGGCCCUCCAGUCCAGCCGAUGCCUGCGAUUGUCCCAGGACAGCCACUGACACAGCAAAUAUUCAUACCAAAUGAUAUGGUGGGUGCUAUCAUUGGUAAAGGUGGUGCAAAGAUCAACGAAAUCCGUCAAUUGAGCGGAAGUGUAAUCAAGAUUAACGAACCCCAAGAUAACAGCAAUGAACGCUUGGUUACGAUUACCGGGACAGCUGAAUGCAAUCAAAUGGCUUUGUACAUGCUCUACUCGAGACUUGAGAGCGAAAAACACCGCAUUUAG